GUCGUUGCUGUUUUACUGUUGGUGGGCUGCGCUUAUGCUGGAAUUUCUCACGUCUCCUCGAGCCAAGGAGGUGGAGGAGGUGGCGGACAUGGAGGCCAUCACAUUAUCGAAUUCUACACCUUCCCUCACUAUGAGUACAAGUACGAAGUGCAUGAUCCAAAGCACCACGACGUCCAUGAGCAGCACGAAAAACGCUACGGGGAUAAAGUGGAGGGCGAAUACUCAUUGCAUGAACCCGAUGGUACCAUCAGGGUGGUAAAAUACGAGGCCGAUCAUAAGAACGGUUUCAACGCCAUUGUCGAAAGGAACGGCCAUGCCGUUCAUCCGGAAAUCGAGCACCAUCAUCAUCAUUAACCAAAGUGAGUCCUCGCACCAUUCCAACGAAUUUUUAUUUUUUUGCCUCCAAGCAGAACCAGUAUUACUCAAAGGCCUGCUCAUUCUGUACCUGCAUGAUUCAUCUCCUGCAUCAUCAAUGGAUUAACUAUAAUAGUUAAUGUGUCUUCACCUUCUUUUCCUGCUUAUUGUUCAUCCCCAUUGAAGUAUUUUUAAGUGUUAUUGUUGUUGUUUUUGUUAAUAGUUAAUAAAGCCCAUAUAAUU